CAACGCGAGAUCUACUUCUGCUCUGGCAAUACCGAAAAUAAAGUCUGCUAAAUGUCAAACAAUACGUAAAUAAAAUUGUCAAACGUCAAACAUUCGCGUCUCGCUUUGAUGUGAGAUUUUUCGUACGCAUAUUUCCAUAGAUUGAAUGAAAUUUAAACAAACAAAAAUUAAAGAACUAUAUUUCCCGCCUGCAUUGUGAAAGAAGUACAAAGCAGAGGCGUUAAUUAAAAUUACAUUGUGUAUUAAUAAAAAGAUACAAGAGUGAAGUCUCUCGUUUAAGGGCGCGAGGUGCGGCAAUUUAGCGGCCGAACAGUUGCAGUUGUGUUAGUGGAUUUAUUUGUGCGACUGCUACCAGUGACCGUUGUCUGCAGCUUGUCGGUCGCUGUACUCGUACUUUAGCACUUUAAGGCGGUGAACGAAAAAUCGAUUGUGACGCUGACUGGUGGCCUUUCAGUUUGUCAGCCCAACUACUACUAUUAUCCGUCUGUAAGUACAUCUGCCUCUCGAACAGCCCUCUUCUAGCGGUUUCCGUACAUAUAUUACAAUCAUAACGAAAGGUGUGUAAUCUUGCGACAAUAAAUAAAACGGGACAAAGUGAAAUAAACCAAAUACGAAAAAAUAUAUGUAAUGUAUAACAUGCUUUAGUACUAUAAAAACUCCGUGCUUAUCGUUGUUGCUGAGAUCGAAUGCGGAAAAGGUUUAUCUUUCACCCCGAAAAAAAACGUCAUAGCAUUUGAGUUACUAGACUGUAUAUUUGAUAAGGACUGGCAACAAUGACAAGCUCAUGAAAACGCAAACAACAUUUUGCAACGUUUUACGUAGAAAUCAAAAUAAAUUAUUGUCCAAACAUUUCAGCGCACACAGCGUACCGGCAUCUCGGCGAGACAAGCAAAACAAUCACAAUCAUGAAAUUCUAGCAACAAAUUUAUUAGAAAACUGCACAAAAUUGAUUUGUGCUAAGCGAUCAAAUAGCUAUAAAAAAAUCUACAAAUGUAAAAGAUAGAUAAUUCGAUAAAAAAAACACCGAAUGUGCGAGCUCUAGCAAUAAGAGUUCAGCGCUAAUUAGAUUUUUAAGGCAAAGAUUUAACGAAGUCUGGGCUAGAGUUUGCACACACUCAGCGCGAAUGUGACGUGAUUUCUUCGUUUGGACAGCAAACAAAAAUUAUCAGCAGGCACAAAUCUAAAUAAAUCUGAAAGACGACAUUUUUUGUUUAAGCUAAAAGAACAUACAAAUUAUAUAUAACUAAAAAGUCAACAGCACUAACGCACGUAAGCCUAUUAAGCACGUAACGAUCGCACCAAAACCAAAAUUAGCAACUAAGAGAAAAAGUAAACAAAAAUCAGAUUUAAAAAAUUAUAUAUGUAAAUAUAUAUACUAUAUAUAUAUAUAUAAACACAACGCCUGAAUAUCUUAACUGCAAGCACUUGAAACUUAAGCGAAAAUAACUUAAAUCCCCAACUCAAUUUACAAACAAAUAAAAAUAUAAAUAAGUAAGCAACAGAGCAGGUGAAGAAAUCGCAAAACAGCAUUUCUGCGCACAACAAAGUGCGCUCCUUCAUGCACACACACAAACAUCCGUCUCAGCAAAGAAAAGCCACAUUAAUACUAAAGCAAAAAAUCAAACAAAAAUUUUUUUAAAAUAUUUAAACAAAGUCGUAGUGCAUCCGCAACAACAAUAACAACCCCCUUAAGAGUAACAACAAUAGCAACAUUAUGAACUCGAGCACAAAGCACCUGUUGCACUGCACACUCCUUAUCACUGUGAUAAUAACAUUUGAAGUAUUCUCCGGUGGUAUUAAAAUCGACGAGAACUCAUUUACACUCGUCGAUCCAUGGACUGAGUACGGCCAAGUAGCCACUAUAUUAUUGUACUUACUACGUUUUCUAACUUUCCUAACGCUGCCGCAAGUCUUAUUCAAUUUUUGCGGCCUCGUCUUUUACAAUGCCUUCCCCGAGAAGGUGGUGCUAAAGGGCAGCCCAAUAUUGGCGCCAUUCAUUUGCAUACGUGUGGUGACACGCGGUGAUUUUGCCGAUUUGGUCAAGACGAAUGUGUUGCGUAACAUGAAUACCUGCCUGGAUACGGGUCUGGAAAAUUUCCUUAUCGAGGUGGUCACCGAUAAAUCCGUCAAUUUGGCACAACAUCGUCGUAUACGUGAAAUAGUCGUGCCAAAGGAGUAUAAAACACGCACGGGCGCACUGUUUAAGUCACGUGCUUUGCAAUAUUGUCUGGAGAAUGAUGUAAACGUGUUGAACGACAACGAUUGGGUGGUACAUUUGGAUGAGGAGACGUUGUUAACGGAGAAUUCGGUGCGUGGCAUUAUCAAUUUCGUUUUAGAUGGCAAACAUCCAUUCGGUCAGGGUCUCAUUACCUAUGCCAAUGAGAAUGUGGUGAAUUGGUUAACUACUUUGGCGGAUAGUUUCCGCGUCUCGGACGACAUGGGGAAGUUACGUUUGCAGUUCAAAUUAUUCCACAAGCCGUUGUUCAGCUGGAAGGGUAGCUAUGUUGUUACGCAGGUUGGCGCCGAACGUCAAGUGUCCUUCGACAAUGGCAUCGAUGGCUCCGUCGCCGAGGAUUGUUUCUUUGCAAUGCGCGCCUUUUCACAAGGCUACAGCUUUAACUUCAUCGAGGGUGAAAUGUACGAGAAGUCACCAUUCACACUGCUCGAUUUUUUGCAACAACGCAAACGUUGGCUCCAGGGCAUACUUCUGGUGGUACAUUCGAAAAUUAUACCGUUAAAGCAUAAACUCUUGCUCGGCAUCAGCGUCUACUCCUGGGUCACCAUGCCACUGUCCACAUCGAAUAUCAUUUUUGCCGGCCUCUAUCCGAUACCAUGCCCGAAUUUAGUGGAUUUCGUUUGCGCUUUCAUUGCCGCCGUCAACAUUUAUAUGUAUGUCUUCGGUGUGAUAAAAUCGUUUUCACUGUAUCGUUUUGGCUUGAUGAAAUUUAUGGCCUGUGUGCUGGGCGCCGUUUGCACCAUACCCGUGAAUGUGGUGAUUGAAAAUAUAGCCGUCAUUUGGGGCCUAUUCGGCAAGAAGCAUAAAUUCUAUGUGGUACAAAAGGAUGUGCGAGCUAUGGAAACUGUGUGAACGGCUUGUCGCAUAUACAUAUAUUAUAUAUUUAUGGACAAUUUUUUUGGCUACGGCUGUAAAAGCCGUCAAGUAAGCAUUAUGAAUGUGCUCUCCUGGGCUUACACCCUGAAACUCAACUACCAAAAACAAAUAAACGAAUACAAGCAACUUUUGUGGUGCGAUACUCACUAAGCUUAUGCGACCUUUGUCACCGCCAUUGCCGCCAACGCCCAAUUAGCCAAUGCCAUCGCCUGGACACUGUCGAUAUUUGCUCUUGCUGCUAUCGCAAAACUAUCUACUAGGCACAAUUCACCUUUUGUUAUAACCUAAAUUAAUACUUAAACAAAUGAAAAAUCACGCACAUCAACAUACGUGCCUAAAUACACGUAAACCACCACGCACACCAACACUCCACACCAAGCACACAACAUGCAAAACAGCACAAAUCCAUUUACACGAUUAGUUCACUAACACAUGUAGCAUAAAUAUCAUUAUAGUUUACUAUAUAUUUUACAACAGUAAUUAGAUCUAGAUUUGCUUAAUAUUAUUAUUAUCAUUAUUGUACAAGUAUAUUAUAGAAAACGGUUAUUACAACAGUUGAAUGACUAAUAAUUAUUGUUGAUUCCGUUGAUGAUUAGAGAAAUAACAUUUUGUUGAACAAUUCAUCCAAGCGCUAAGUAUUUAAAUAUUACCCAUGUAUACAACAAAUUUAAAUAACAUAAGGAAAUUUGCAACAAAUAUUUGUAAAAUUAUGAAAAUCACUCAUGUAUAAAUAUAGACAAAAUAAAAUAUUUAAUUAGAACUAGGAGCAUCCAAACUAACUGUAGUGUAACGUAAAAUAAUGGUGCGGUCAGACAGCAAACCACGUGUGGCAACACCGUUAACGCGCAUAAGUCACAUAAAUUGUUUUAUAUUGAAUGCGUCUGACUCUAAAUACAACCAUAUCGCGCACAUUUCCUUACAUUCAUAAAUUUAUUUAUUUUUGUAGCAUACAAUAUGAAAAGGUUCGAUUCUCUCCUCUUGUGAUUUCAGUAAUUAGUUCUUGCAAAAUAAAUAGAAACCUAACUUAUUUAUUAAGUUUAAAGUUCAUAAAAUAUAUAUGUAAGUUAAAGAGUAAUUCGCCGAUUUGUUGCAAGUGUUGAAAUUAAAUUAAAUAAAUUCAAUUAGAAUUGCAAACAGAAUACACAAUAAAAGCUUUACCAAUUUUAAUUAUUCAUUAUGUACAUAUUAUUUUCUAUAUAUAUUGAUUUUCAUUUUUACAUUUACAUAUAUACAACAUUUAUUAUUUAAUUUUUUUUGUUUAUAUACUAUAUUAUUGUCGUAUUAGUUGUAAGCGUUAAAAAAAAAAAUAUGAAGCAAAUACUUGAAUUGUUAACACACAUCCAAUACAAAACGUAAACGAAAUAAAACAACAACAAAGUAUUAAUAUAAA